GUGCAUCGCCAAUAUUACCGUGGGGUAUAUGCCAGAACUGGUGCUUGCGCAAGCAAGUCAAAGAAAGUCUUAAGGAAAAAUAUCCAAAAUACAUACCGCUUGUUGACCCAGUUGACGGUAGCAUAGAGGUCAGACAACGAAUAGCAUAUCUCGAAACAUUCCUCAAAGAUUAUGUAAUUGAAGUAGAUGUAUUGGAAGAGACUGAAAAUGUUGAUGAAGGAGAUAACGCUCUGACUGCGGCUGAAAAAGAUGAACUCGCCACGGGAUCAAGAAGGUCACUUACUCCAGGUGACGACGAAUGA